GGUAUGCCAUGUGAGUUUGUUUACAAUUCCAUAUUACAUGUGUUGAUGAAAUAUCAAGGCCCCGUGUGAACAGAUUACAACAUUUGACUGAUUAGCAUUACCCUUUUAUGAUUGUUGGAGAAUACAGAUAUGGCAACCCACAAAGACAGUCUCAGUUCUUAUCUCCAAAGUCUGAAUCUCUCAGAUAAAUCUGCAAUAGCUUUGGAAAAGGUGGAAGAAAAUUAUAUACUAGACGUUGCUGUGCAGAAUAAACCAGGAGCACAGAAACUUGUUGCAGCUACAAGUUCUAAUCAUGAGAUACGGUUAUAUCAGUACGCUGACCUGACUAUGACUGGUAAACUGGAAGGUCACUCAGAUGUUAUAACUGGUAUUCAGUUUGCACACACCGAAGAAAACAUGCUGUAUUCAUCUGCUCUUGACCAGUGUAUCAAAUGCUGGGAUGAACGCUCUGGAAGAUGUGUCCAAACAUUUCAAGCUCCUGGAGAAAUCAAAGGCUUCAGUAGUUUUGGAAUAAAUUGUAAUGAUCGUGUAAUAGCUGGAGGAACAGAAUGUGUGACAACUGCUGAAGACAUACACAUCAUUUUUUGGGACAGAAGAAAAGCAGAGGUCAUGGGGUCAUACACUGAGAGUCAUCAGGAUGAUAUAACCCAGGUGAAGUUUCAUCCAGCGCAGCCUGACAGUCUUGCUACAGGCUCCACCGACGGACUUGUUUGUGUGUUUGAUAUUUCAAAGACCUCUGAAGAUGAUGCCAUUUUAUGGACAUUCAAUACAGAAUCUUCAGUUUCUAAAAUUGGUUGGACAGGAGAAAAACAAACUGAUGUGUACUGUAUUACCCACGACGAUGCCCUACAUGUGUGGGAUUCUGUUGAGGGUGAUGAUAUCUUGAGCAAAACAAAUAUUAGAGACGAAUUUCAGGAUCCUGUUGAGUAUAUGGUGGAUUGCCUGUUCACAGACUCUUUACAUCUUGUCAUGGGCACACACAGCGGCGACCUCCAAAUAAUGACUACUGAUGAACCACAGAAAAUCGUGAAAACUCUGAAAGGUGGCCACACAGCAACUGUGCGAUGUUUGCACUGGGAUAAUUCGACCCACACGUUGUUAACGGGAGCGGAAGAUUCUUUGUUGUGUAAAUGGAGCGACUGUGUGAAGCAGACGACAGAUACCAAAAGAGCCAAGUUAAAAAUGAAGAAAACGGAUUCGAAGAAAACAAGACCCUAUUGAAACUCAAGUGUUUUGAAUGUUAUAUAUAGAAAUAGAAAAUUAAAUCCUGAAAAAAAAAUA